AUGAAGACUGGAGGAUGGUGGUGGAGGAGGUGGAGGCAGAAGAUGACCCCAACUAUGCUCCGGAAGUAGAAAGCCUGGAAGUCUCCUCCAAUGAGGAGGUGGAAGUGGACGAUGAAGAGGAGGAUAAGAUCAAGAACUCUCCACGGAAGAAGUUUGCCGGACGAAGGAAAGAAGGCGGCCCGAGGCAGAGGAAGGCCUAUCCGCAUUGUGGUAUCGAUGUGAUGCACCUUCCUCUCCAUCUCCGCAACGUUCACAAGAGGUCGAGGGCAGAGGCCAAGGUGGAGGUCAAGAAAUCCAAGUCCAAAUUAAAAGAGUGUUCCAAGUGUGGUACAGUCGUACUGAAUGCGCACAAGAUGACAAGGGGAGGAGACCUACACGCUUUGGGGGUGUAAAAGUAGUCCCGAGGAUUUUACGAAGAAAACGCAUUUCCGAUUUUUGUUUUCUACUUGUUGAUAAUUAAAAUAAAGAUUUCAAUGUGUUUCAUUUG